AUGGCUGCUAGUUCUACAACAACAUCAUGGGAAGAGCUCUUAGGCUCAAAGAAUUGGGACACUCUCUUAGACCCAUUAGACCAAUCACUUCGCCAACUCAUUCUCCGUUGCGGCGACUUUUGUCAAGCCACUUACGAUGCUUUCGUCAAUGACGAGAACUCCAAGUACUGUGGAGCCAGCCGCUACGGCAAAUCUUCAUUCUUCGACAAGGUCAUGCUCGAAUCUGCUUCUGACUAUGAGGUUACAAGCUUCCUUUAUGCCACUGCUCGUGUGGCUCUCCCUGAAGGUUUGCUGCUCCACUCACAAUCAAGAGAUUCUUGGGACCGUGAGUCUAACUGGUUUGGUUACAUAGCUGUAACGUCUGAUGAACGGACCAAGGCUUUAGGACGCCGUGAGAUCUACGUGGCUCUGAGAGGGACGAGUAGGAACUAUGAGUGGAUCAAUGUUUUGGGAGCUAGGCCUACUUCAGCUGAGCCGUUGCUGAAGGGACCGGACCAGAACGGUUCUGGUUCUGCUGUAGUUGGAGCUGAUACUACUUAUGGUAGUGACAGUGAAGACGAAGAGGGAUGUAAGGUGAUGCUUGGGUGGCUCACAAUCUAUACUUCUGAUCACCCGGAUUCGAAAUUCACUAAGCUGAGUCUACGGUCACAGCUGCUAGCUAAGAUCAAGGAGCUUCUAGUGAAGUAUAAAGACGAGAAACCGAGCGUCGUGUUGACUGGACAUAGCUUGGGAGCUACAGAGGCUGUUAUCGCUGCGUAUGACAUAGCUGAGAACGGUUCCAAUGGUGAUGUUCCGAUAACUGCUAUUGUGUUUGGUUGUCCACAGGUAGGUAACAAGGAGUUCAAGGAUGAAGUAACAAGUCAUAAGAACUUAAAGAUUCUCCAUGUGAGGAACAAGAUUGAUCUCUUAACUCGAUACCCGGGAGGACUUUUGGGGUAUGUGGAUAUAGGAAUCAACUUUGUGAUCGAUACAAAGAAGUCACCAUACCUGAAGGAUUCAAGGAAUCCAGGGGAUUGGCACAAUCUUCAGGCAAUGCUCCAUAUCGUUGCGGGAUGGAAUGGGAAGAAAGGAGAGUUUAAACUGAUGGUGAAGAGAAGUAUUGCAUUAGUGAACAAAUCAUGUGAGUUCUUGAAAGAUGAGUGUUUAGUGCCAGGAAUUUGGUGGGUGGAGAAGAACAAAGGAAUGAUCAAGAACGAAGAUGGCGAAUGGGUCAUUGCUCCGGUUGAAGAAGAACCUGAACCUGAAUUCUGA